AGCACAGUUUAACCAACUAACAACUCCAACACCCACUCCAUAAUGAUAUAUUUCUUUCUCUCUCUUUCUCUGAUACCAAACUUGGGUUUGGGUCGAGCGUACAUUUCAUCACAUAAAUCAUUCUAGCUUAUUCCGAAAGCCAACUGGGUUCGAUAUAACUUAUACCCAUUUUUCUGGUUUCCAUGCUAUCUCUUAAGAUCAACAGAGAUAAUAUUAGUACUGUAUCUCAGCUAGCUAGCUAGCUUUGUAGUAGCUCCGUACGCGCGUUUUCUUGCUGUUUUAUUGUUUUGGUACUUCUAUGAAUUAGCUGGGAUGAGAGAUCGUGCAGAAAGAUUUGCAGUUCUUCCUUUCUCAGUUGGCUGCACUUCAGAGUCCAGCGUUGCUCUAGGCGCCCCAGCUAAACAAAAGAAACCAAAACCAGAAUCAAACCAGCCUCCUCUAAUGAGAAGAGAAGAAGGAGAAGAUCAAGAAAGGCCAUCCAGAUCAAAAAUGAAGAAUUCUUUUGGUUUUCUGGCUCUACCAAAGCCGAACAUUGCUGGUGGGAUACAGCGAGUGUUCAGAAGCAUCAAAAGUUUUUCUCAUUUCUUUGUUUACAAAGAAGAGAUGGAAGAGGAGAUGGAGAUUGGAUAUCCAACAGACGUAAAACAUGUCACACACAUAGGGUUGGAUGGGUCAACGACAACAAACCCAGCAAAGGGUUGGGAAAAUCUGACAGCUCCUGAAAUAAUUUCUUUCCCUUCAAUUUCUUUGAGGCAGUUCGAGCUCGCCAUGGCAGCACAGGCUGAUCACGAUCCUGAUGAUCUCGUUAAUCAUGUUGCUCCUAAUUGAUCAAAGUUUAGUUAAAAUGAUUGAUUAAUUUGACUGCAAGAAAAAAGGUAUCAAGAUGAUGAUCAUGAUGAUUAGGUACUGAGUGGUGGAGACAAGUCUUUAUAAUAUUGGAUUGAAAACUUAUAUUGGCGAUGACCAUAUAUAUUGCAUGUGUGCUAGCUAGCUUUGUAUACGUACAGUCUGAAAAAAUCACAUCCAAAACAACGUUUUCGGUUUUUGACGUUGUUCACUUUCUUUCCUGCAAACAGCUAGGUGCUGAUCAUGACAAGAGUGCUAUUGCAUCUUCUGUAGAGAUCUUGCAAACCCUGAUUCAAACUUCUUUACAAAUGUGCUAUAUAUAUAUAUAUAUAUAUAUAUGGAUGAUUUACUUGAAUCAUAUACACACGUAUGGUGUGUGUUUGUGUGUUGUUUUUCCCUUUAACAGCUGGGAGAUAUUAAAAAAUCUUGUCCUUUGCUCUCUGAUCUGUCUCUACUUCUGUCUCUGUCUCUCUCUCUCUGUGUAGUAGUUGUCAAAAUCCAAAUACAUGUGAGCCAAUGCAUAAGGACACACUGACAGACACUGAGCCAAGAAGUGUA